CUAGUUGUUAACCGUGAUUGCCAGACUAUUAUUAUAUUAGCUCAGACCUUCAACUUGAAAACAGUCUACUGAUUUUAGUUCAAAGUCCGUUUUAUCUUAAAAUAUAACAGUGAUAAGAAAGGAAAUAAAAAAAUGGUAUUGUCAAUGGAAAGAUGGGUUGGCAAAGUAGCUGUAGUGACAGGUGCUAGCGCUGGAAUUGGGGCUGCUAUUGCGAAACAGUUAGUUGAACAUGGUUUACUGGUGGUUGGAGUUGCCAGAAGAAAGGAAAGAAUUGACGAGUUAGCCAAAACUUUGGAAGGCAAGAAAGGUAAACUAUUUGCGUUCAAAGCAGAUAUUUCCAUAGGCGAAGAAAUAAAAGCAGCAUUCGCUUGGACAACCGAUAAUGUAGGACCUGUUGCAAUUUUGGUAAAUAACGCUGGAAUCCAUUACAGAACCACAAUAAUUGAUGGAGACGUAGAAGCUUGGAGGAAAACGAUCGAUGUAAACUUAAUGGCAACAUGUAUAGCCUCAAAAGAAGCUAUUCACAUUAUGAGGAAAAAUAACAUUGACGGCCACGUAAUAAAUAUAAACAGUAUCUUGGGACAUUACAUAUUCAAACUACCAAAUCUAGAUAUUUAUCCUGCUACAAAGUAUGGCAUAACUGCUUUGACUGAAACUCUGAGACUUGAAAUAAAUAGUCUCAAAUUAAAAAUUAAAGUUACGAGUGUUAGCCCAGGUGUUGUAAACACUGAGAUUUUUGAAAAUAUGGAUAGAAAACAAUUUGAUCUUGUUAAGAAUUGUAUGCUAAACCCUGAGGAUAUAGCUGAUGGAGUUGUAUAUGCACUUUCUACACCACCUCAUGUACAGGUUCAUGAAAUUACUAUUAAACCUGUGGGAGAAGAUUUCUGAAAAAUUCGCGGUAUGCGAAAUUAUUUACAAGAAAUAAAUAAAAACAAAAGUUAUAAUAUUUAUUUGCAUCUUUUUUUUUAAUAAAUAUUUAAUAAUU